AUGAACUACACUGACAAGCAACUGACAACAGCUGUUAGGUUUAAAGGGUUAAGACCCGGUUUUGCAGGGACGGAAUCAGGUGCACCACCAAGAUUACUAUCUCUAGUACAAAGCUGUUGGGAUGUUGACAUGGACAAUAGGCCUUCAUUUGAUGAUAUCAUCUCCAAACUUGAUCUCAGCAUGGGUUGGAAGGAACUAGAACGGGCAUUGUUAUACAUGAGAAAGCUAUUGGAAACUACUGCUUAUGAGAGAUCAUCACUGCAUCCAUUAGUAGGGUUCAUGAAGACUCUUCCUAUUGAACAUUAUGGAUCAUUUCCUUAG